AGACACGAGAAAGCCUGGCCUGGUUCCCCUCGCACAGAUCAUUGCCUUUCUGAGCCUGUGGGAGAGGCUAUCUGUCUCAGGCCGCUGGCGUCUCCCGGAAGCAUGGCCUGCCAGGCACGACCCAGGCAACAGAAGGCACAGCUAGACAGCUAGAUUUGACAUGCCCCUCAAGGCUCCCGGACCACACAGGAGCCAGGUAGAAUGUCUGAAGCUACCUACAGGAAGGAGGACAGGCGGAGAGGAGUGACUGGUGUUUCAGAGGCUUUUCUAUUGCUGCGAGGACACCAUGAACAAGGCAACUUACAGAAGGGUUUGUUGGGGGUCUUACAGCUUCAGAAGGUGACUCCAGGACCACCAUGGUAGAGAGCAUGGCACCAGCCAGGUAGGCAGGACAAAGCGCUUACAAGCAGUCUCCCUGGUGGGUGGAGCGCGUCUUAUUGUGCCUGACGCACCACGGUGAACGGCCGGAGACCGACCGGAGGGGCGGGGCGCAUGCGUCGUUCGCGCUGGAGAAUGACGUGAGGGGGCGGGGCGCGCCGGGGCACCCUAGGAGACCGAGUAGAGGGGCGGCGGGGGACCGCGCGGUAAACCGCGCGAUGGACCGCUAUGCGGCCGCCGGGGAUGAGGCGGCGGAUCGGGCCCGGCAGCAGGAGCGGCACUACCAGCUGCUGUCAGCACUACAGAGCCUGGUCAAGGAGCUGCCCAGCUCCUUUCAGCAGCGCCUGUCCUACACCACGCUCAGCGACUUGGCCCUGGCGCUGCUCGACGGAACGGUGUUUGAAAUCGUGCAGGGUCUUCUGGAGAUUCAGCACCUCACUGAGAAGAGCCUCUACAACCAGAGACUGCGGCUGCAGAACGAACACCGAGUGCUCAGACAGACUCUAAGGCAGAAGCACCUGGAAGCCCAGCAGUCCUGCCGGCCCCACAACUUGCCAGUGCUCCAGGCAGCUCAGCAGCGUGAGCUGGAGGCCAUGGAACAUCGGAUCCGGGAGGAGCAGCAGGCUAUGGACCGAAAGAUUGUCCUGGAGCUGGACCGGAAGGUUGCCGACCAGCAGAGCACACUGGAGAAGGCAGGGGUAGCUGGUUUCUACGUGACCACCAAUCCUCAGGAGCUGACGCUGCAGAUGAACCUAUUGGAACUCAUCAGGAAGCUGCAGCAGAGGGGCUGCCAAGUGGGAAAGGCAGCUCUGUGACCAAGCAGGGGGUCCUUGCUGUCCUCCGUUGCCUAGGAUGGCUGGCGGGUGCCACAGCCUUGACUGUGUGGGGGCUACUGUCCAGCUGCCAACAGGUCUGAUCUCUCUGAGGGGCUGAUUAGAUCCUGGCUAUGCCUGCUGCCAUCCACUGUUCAGAUUUGGAGGGGAAGGGCCCAAGCAAUAGGAAUGAUGUCAUGAGAAGGCCCCUUGACUGGAUGCUGAGUGGGAAUAUUGGUUCUAGCACCUUCUCCUCUGGGCAUAUCCCACAUUCCUUCCAGGCUUGGGUGUUGCCUUAUUCCUGUGUAGCCCCUCCCUUGACAGUCCCAGCCCUGGAUGGAAGAAGCCAGAGGAUGGCCUAGAAAAUAAAGAACCCAGGACAUGGUUUGUGUCUGUGCUACCUAGGAUCCUUUCCUAGUGACUCUGGUCAUGUUGGCGCCAACAGAGUGACAGACAAGCCCUGAGGCCUUGCAUUGUCAGGUCCCUAAUUAAUACAGCCUCCAAACCGCUGUAUGAAACUGAAGAGCUUAGCAGGAGGCAAGCCACACGCCCAGCUAGGACUUUAGCUACUGGAGUGAAGGACAGAGAGGGGCUGGAGGGGGGCUGGAGGGGGGCUGGGUCCCAGGGACCAUGCAUGCAUCUGGAAUGUAGAAUAAAAGUAUGGAUGUCGCUGCA